UAAUGACAGAUCUGAUUCUGAGUUCUGUAAUAUACUUUUCCCCCCUCUUUAAAGGAAAUUGCUCAUUAUGUUAGGCUCACUGGCAGACAGGGGUUUGCCUGCAGGCUGCUGGGGCCAUCGAGUGUGGCUGGUGACUCAAGAGCCUGUAUUUGGCUGUACUGGGCUGUACGUUAUUGAAUUUUUCUGUACUCUUAGUGUUUUUCCCCUCCUGGUCACACAGUGCUUUACAUUCAACUCCCAAGGAAACUUAAGCUAAUAUUUAAGUAAUUUUGGGGAUAAAUGCUAUGGGAAAUGACAAUAAUGCUUUCUGGUUAUGGAUGUAAAGACUGAGAACCUGCAUGUUAAUAUUCUGUGCUGAGAACCAGUGCUGACCUUGCUGACCAGGACAUGGCGAUGAGAUAACACACGUGAAGGGUUCUGUGACGCUGUUCCAACGUGCUCUUAUGUGUGCAUAAAAUAUUCAGGGCUAGGUACAGUGUAUUUGUAGAUCAGUUGCAUGUUGCAGAAGUUGUUCUUUCAGCAUCUCUGAUCAUGUGUGUAUUUUCUAUCAGAAGGUUUUUUUAGUUUAAACUUCCCAUGGGAGUUGUCUGGACCUGAAUCACUCCAGGCGAUGGGUUUAGAAUCCCAAAUCUUCUGCUUCCUGGGAGAAGUCACCUGGACUCUACCUUGUUAAGUCUUUGGGGGCAAGGCUAUCUCCAGUUUGGCAGAUGUGAUCCACUCGCCCAUAUCCAGGAGGACAGGCUGGUAUCUCUGUGGAGGGAAGGGCUGUUUGUUGUUAGCAUGCCCUCCCUUAACAUGAAAAUUCCCAAAUACAGACACUUAGGAAUAUCUUACAUUUCUUCAAGUAAAUUCAUUUGCCAGCUUUUUUUCACCAGACCACCUGAGUUGCGUUAUGCUGGAGAGCAGGGCUGCUGUUGAGGAACCUCAUGGCUCAGACAGGAGCUCCGUGAAGGUCAGCAAAGACUUUUACCAAAAGUCUCAAAAUAACAAAUGUGGUUCCACCUGGGCUUACCUGUUCCACGGAGGAGCUCGCGUUUAUCCCUCUGCAAAAUACAUCUCCCAGUGCAUCGAUGAGAUCAAGCAGGAGCUGAAGCAGGAUAACAUUGCAGUGAAAGCAAAUGCAGUCUGCAAACUUACAUAUUUACAGAUGCUGGGCUACGACAUCAGUUGGGCUGCUUUCAAUAUUAUUGAAGUCAUGAGCGCAUCGAAGUUUACAUUCAAAAGAAUCGGUUACCUAGCUGCCUCUCAGUGCUUUCACGAAGGGACUGAUGUAAUUAUGUUGACUACUAAUCAGAUCCGAAAGGAUCUGAGUAGCCCUAACCAAUAUGAUACUGGAGUUGCACUGACUGGCUUGUCCUGUUUUGUUACUCCAGAUCUUGCCAGGGACUUGGCAAAUGACAUCAUGACACUGAUGUCUCAUACAAAGCCUUACAUCAGGAAGAAGGCAGUGUUAAUCAUGUACAAAGUUUUUUUGAAAUACCCAGAGUCCCUCCGUCCCGCAUUUCCUCGCCUUAAAGAGAAACUUGAAGAUCCAGAUCCUGGUGUGCAGUCUGCUGCAGUAAAUGUUAUUUGUGAGCUGGCUCGACGCAAUCCCAAAAACUACCUUUCCCUUGCUCCACUCUUUUUCAAGUUGAUGACGUCAUCAACCAAUAAUUGGGUUCUCAUCAAAAUUAUAAAACUGUUUGGUGCUCUUACUCCAUUAGAACCUAGGCUGGGAAAGAAACUGAUUGAGCCUCUGACCAACCUCAUCCAUAGCACCUCAGCCAUGUCUCUCUUAUAUGAAUGUGUGAACACAGUAAUAGCAGUUUUGAUCUCUCUGUCCUCUGGGAUGCCUAACCACAGCGCUAGCAUCCAGCUUUGUGUUCAGAAGUUAAGGAUAUUGAUAGAAGAUUCUGACCAGAACUUGAAAUACCUGGGCCUGUUAGCUAUGUCCAAAAUCCUGAAAACGCAUCCUAAAUCAGUUCAAUCUCACAAGGAUCUCAUUCUCCAAUGUUUGGAUGACAAAGACGAGUCUAUCCGACUCAGAGCUUUAGAUCUCCUGUAUGGCAUGGUAUCGAAGAAGAACUUGAUGGAGAUAGUGAAGAAACUGAUGAUUCAUGUGGAUAAAGCAGAAGGGACGACAUACCGGGAUGAGCUGCUGACCAAAAUCAUAGAUAUUUGUAGUCAGUCCAAUUAUCAAUAUAUCACAAACUUUGAAUGGUACAUAAGCAUCUUGGUGGAGCUGACCCGCUUGGAAGGCACACGACAUGGGCAUCUUAUAGCAGCUCAGAUGUUAGAUGUAGCUAUCAGAGUUAAAGCUAUUCGUAAAUUUGCAGUUUCUCAAAUGGCCAUGCUUCUGGACAAUGCUCAUCUCAUAGCCAGCAACACCCAGAGAAAUGGGAUCUGUGAGGUGCUUUAUGCUGCUGCUUGGAUAUGUGGGGAGUUCUCUGAACACCUCGAGGAAGCAAACCAAACCUUAGAAGCAAUGUUGAGGCCUAAAGUUACAACUCUACCAGGCCACAUCCAGGCAGUUUAUGUCCAGAACAUGGUGAAGCUCUAUGCAUCCAUCCUACAGCAGAAAGAGCAAUCUGGGGAAAAGGAAGCAGCUCAGGAAAUUACACAGCUGAUGAUUGAGCGUCUGCCUCAGUUUGUACAGAGUGCAGAUCUAGAAGUUCAGGAGAGGGCUUCUUGCAUCUUGCAGCUAAUAAAAUAUAUUCAGAAGCUACAAGUAAAAGAAGUUCCUGUAGCUGAGGAAGUAAUAGCCCUGUUUGCCGGUGAGCUGAACCCUGUGGCUCCUAAAGCACAGAAGAAAGUACCAGUUCCAGAGGGCUUGGACCUUGAUGCCUGGAUCAAUGAACCUCCAUCAGACAGUGAGUCUGAAGAUGAAAAGCCCAAAACAAUUUUUCAUGAUGAGGAGCAAAGGCAUCCCAGACAUAGACAGCCAGAAAUAGAUGAAGAGGAACUGGCCAGACGUCGAGAAGCCCGGAAACAAGAACAGGCAAACAACCCAUUUUAUAUUAAAAGCUCUCCUUCCCCACAGAAGCGAUACCAAGACACUCCAGGUGUGGAACAUAUACCCGUGGUCCAGAUCGACCUUUCUGUCCCCUUAAAAGUUCCAGGUAAGCCUAUUUCUGAACAGUAUGUGAAACUGGAAGAAGAGCGAAGACAUAAACAGAAACUGGAGAAAGACAAGAAAAAGAAAAAACAGAAAAAGGAGAAGAGAGGUAAACAUCAUCGCCAUAACUCUCUACACACGGAGAGCGAGGAGGAUAUUGCUCCAGCCCACCAUGUCGAUAUCAUAACAGAAGAGAUGCCAGAGAAUGCUUUGCCCAGCGAUGAAGAUGACAAAGAUCCCAAUGAUCCGUAUAAGGCACUUGAUAUAGAUCUGGAUAAACCCUUAGCAGAUAGUGAGAAGCUGCCGGUGCAGAGGCACAGGAAUGUUGAGACCCUGAAGUCACCGGACUCGGAAGCUCCCCUAGUAGAGAAGAGCAAGAAACCCAAAAAGAAGGAAAAGAAACACAAAGAAAAAGAGAGGGAGAAAGGAAAGAAGAAAGAGAAAGAGAAAAAGGUAGUAGAGGAGGAAGAAGGAAAAAAGGGGGAAGACUUGGAUUUCUGGCUCUCCACUGCUCCACCACCUGCUUCCACUACCCAGCCACAGAGCGAGCCUGAAGUGGGUGCUGCUGUUGUGGCUGAACCUCAAGAGGUAAAAAAGGAAGAAAGGGAAGAGCGAGAGGAGGAGGAGGAGGAGGAGGAAGGAAAAAAAUCCUCCAAGCAUAAGAAGAAAAAGCACAAGAAAGAGAAAGAAGAGAAAUCAAAGGAUAAAAAGAAAUCCAAAAAGAAGAGUCAUCACAGCGAGGAGGAGACAACAGAGUCGGUGCAGAAUGGAACACUAGAUGAUGAACCACUACCGCCUAUGUCCAGUUACCGCCUUCUUGCUGAAAAUCCAUACAUUAAAAUGACCUACGAUAUUCAAGGAAACCUCCAGAAUGAUAGUCAAGUUACUGUCUCUGUUAUCUUUGAGAACAAAAGCACUAGCUUCCUUAAGAGCAUGGAACUAAAUGUCCUGGACUCUCUCAACACUAAAAUGCUCCGACCAGAAGGAGCGUCAGUACACGAUGGGAUACCUGUACCCUUCCAGCUACCCCCUGGAAUCUCUAAUGAAGCCCAGUUUGUGUUUACACUUCAGAGUAUUGUUAUGGCUCAGAAGUUAAAAGGAACACUGUCCUUUAUAGUCAAAAAUGAUGAAGGUUCAACCCAUGAAAAACUAGAUUUCAAAUUGCACUUCAGUUGCGCUUCAUACUUGAUCACGACGCCUUGCUAUAGCGAUGCUUUUGCCAAGCUCCUAGAGUCUGGAGAUCUGCACAUGAGUUCUAUUAAAGUAGACGGAAUUAGCAUUUCUUUCCAACAUCUACUGGCAAAGAUCUGUUUUCAUCAUCAUUUUUCAGUUGUGGAACGCGUCGAUUCGUGUGCAUCAAUGUACAGUCGUUCUAUCCAAGGCCAUCACGUCUGCCUACUGGUAAAAAAGGGAGAGAACUCUGUAUCCAUAGAUGGGAAAUGUAAUGAUUCCACCCUGCUUAGCAACUUGUUGGAUGAGAUGAAAGAGACAUUGUCCAAGUGCUGAAUAUUCCCUAUAAAAUAUUCCAACUACAAGAAACACACCUAACGUGUAAAGACGAGCAGACCCGAGUGUUAAGUUUCUCCCUCGUACGCAUGUACUAUCCUGGGGCACGUGCUUUUCAGUUAACUCCACCAUUGUUUGCAGUUUAGACAUUUUAAGGCUGUAUGUUACCUUUUUAUUUCAAAACUUUUUACAAACUGUGGUGUUAACCCUUUCUAGCCCAAAGAGAUCCUGGUGACAUGACUGGAGGAGGGAGGGAGGGGUGCUAUUUAUUCAGCAGCUCAUGAUGAUCCCAUAAACCUUGCCAUCUGCGAGGGAUGGUGGACUAAGCAGAAUUUUAUCAACAGUAGCACAGAGUCUGUCGCUUGUGCUUAUUGCCAGGGAAGGUUGAUGUGAUCCUUAGCCAUGGAAUAUGUCUCCAGGGCUGCUGUAGUUGGUGUAUAUUUCUAGCAGAGGCUGGAGCUGGACCUGAAGGCCUCUUUUUUUUUUUUUUUUUUAAAAUAUGAUUUAUUAUUAUUAUUAUCUCAAGAUCUAUUGUGAUCAGCAUAUAAACAUCCUCCAUCUCCUUGAGCUAAUCCAAAUGAGCCCUGUGAGAACCGGGAUGUUUGAGUUUCUGUUUAUAGUAGUUGCCUUGAGCCUUAACCUCCUUUUAGUGACAGCUGCAAGAGAGUGAAUGCAUGAAACACAGGCUGAAAGUGUUACUGUUUGGUUCUCUGCUCCUGGUGGCCACCCCUGCAAAUGGAGUCUGUCAUGCCUCUCCCCUUUGAGCCGUCUCUGCUGAUGGGUUUUACGAGUCCACUUCAAUUUCACAUUCCUGAAAAGUUCGGGUAUGGCAAGAAACUGGAAAUCCAAAGGGGUCUGUUCCUGCUUUUUUUUUUUUUUUUUUUUUUUUUUUUUUUUUUUUCAUUUUGCUCACCAGCCGAGGUUGACCACUACCAGGUUAGGGAAAUGCCCACAUGUGUAAUCCCUUGUACGCUGAACAGUUUGCAGGUACAGCCCUGUUCCCUCCCUCUGUGCUGUGCAAUCAGAGAUGUCGUGCUGUCUCAGUUGUCCCCGUAGCGUCCCGUGGCCCUGCCCUCGCAGCAGUGGAUGCAGAUUUAGCAGCGCAAGUGUAAGUGGGUCCCUGCAGCAGAACUCUCCCUGCCCGGGCGGCAGGAGGGAGGGGUUGGUGAGGAGCUGCAGACUUGGCUCUGUAGCAGGUAAGCAAGGGAGGGUUGACAAAGUGAAGCCCAUUCUGCACUAUUGGAAUUUUUUGGAGUCGCUGACUGGAAAGGGACAUCGCCGCAUCCUUUACAGAGAUGCUUAAUUGGUGUCCUGCUCCAAAAUCUCUUGCUUUCAAUUUUUUUUUUUAUUUUUUUUUUUUUCCUUUUCCCCCCAGUUCUUUCACUUGCUGUUCCAUACCCAGCAAACUGAGAACACACUCGAAUGGUUUUGCUCUGAGCACAGGUCAAGAGCUGUUGGUUGCUGUUCCCAGAAGCCUCCCCAGGGAGGAGCUGGGUUGGUCUGCGCCUCUCUAGCACCGCCACCGCUCCGACGGGUAUCAGCAGCGCCCGGUAGAGUUGAACUAAAACCCUUAACGGGGAACAGGAUAAAAUGUUGAUCUUACCCCUUGGGUGAAUGUCCUGUACUUGAAGCGUGUGCUCUUUACAUUCUUCCCAUAUUAGGGUAUUUUUGCAGAGGCUCUGCUGUGGUUUUAUUGCUCGGACCAGCUUUGUAUUCAGACCACACUUGUGCGCUGCAGAAAUUCCUUUGCAGCAGGCUUCACUGCUGGUGAAGUGGUAGGUUUUGGUAUUGGUCAACCUCCCAUGGUUAGCCAGUUUGUGUAUUAGAAACUGAACAUAUUAAAAUUGUCUUAAAGGAUAAUGUUCCUCAAUUAGUGUUUUUUUUAAUUCAUGGAUGAAAACUGUCACUUUAGCAUGUAGAGUCUUCUCUUACGGAAUCCUGUGCAGUGAUUCUAGACUUUUGAAACUGUAUGAUGUGUUACAUUCACAAA